CAACCAUCAACUCAAAUUGUAUUCUUAGUCAGUUCAUAAAUGCCAGAUAUUGCUAAGGUAGACUUUAGGAAUUAUCCAGCAUUAAGAGUAUUGCUAUAUCGGUUAAAACAUGAAAAUUUCUUUGGAUUCUUGGUCAUUUUCAUACUUUUGAUUUACUCCGGAAUUGAUUUUGAAUACUACUCUGAGAGUUGCAAAAACCCUGAUUCUUUACAGCGUUUAGAUCCUUUGAUACUUGAGCAGGUAUUUGAAUACUUGACCCAGGAAGAAGCUCUUGCACUAAUGAAAUGUUGCACCAAAUUAAAUGAAAUAGGUCGAAGAAGAUUGUACAGACUGGUCGAGGUUAAUGAAAAAGUAUUUAUACAACUGGGGAAGAAAUAUGGCGACUUGACCAACAAAGGUGUAAUUGUUAAUCGAUAUCGUAUCGAGAACACGAUAAUCAAUCAGCGACAGUUUCUCAAGCUUGUUUUUGGAUAUAAGAUACCAACUGGACUAGUCCAAAGGAUCCAUAUUCAGAACUUCCAUUUUUUUUACUCCCCUAGCUUUAUUAAGCUGCUACAAGAAAAGUUCACUACGGCGACAAUCAAACUCUCAACCAAUUGCAAUGAGAAGCGAUUUUUUAAAGAAAAUGUUAGCAGGUGCAUUCACCCGUAUAUCAAUUGCUUCAUUGCGGAAAGAUUAACUGAACUAGAAAUACAAGAGGAACAGUUGGCGCAAGAAGAUACGAAGACUCCGUUAUUACUUGUUCACCUUGAGAAACUUGUCAUCAGGAGUAAACUGGACCUGACUUCAAAUAUAUGGCUAUCAGAUUGGAAAGUGUUAUUCAGAGUAUUAAAGUCAUUGCACAUUAAAGGUGAUGUUAUUUCCAUGUUAGGGCGAAUGAAAGAUGGUGAUAUUGAAAAUUUGGGGUUGGAUGAAUUCGGGUGUGGCUUCACAGAGAAUGGGCACUUACGGCAGUUUGAUCCAUCUUUUAUGUCGCUAAUUAAAUGGCACCAUUUGAAGAAAUUAAAUCUUAUGUGCACAGAAGAGUACAGCUGGUAUAUGAUGCGAUUUAGCUCCUUUUUGGAAACUAUAUCGUUUCUGUCAAAUGAAUUGAAAAGCGUUUCAAUGAAGUGUUUGAAAUCGGGUUUCUCCACACAUCGGCAUGGUCACAAAUAUGGAAUUUUUGAAGAUCUCCUACGAGUCUUAUCAAGAAAGAAUAUAAAAUUAGAAGUUUUGGAGCUUUCGAUUUAUGGUGCAAGCUUUAGAGCAUAUCGAACGGGAAUCAAUUUUCAUCUUGCAAACUUAAGGGAAUUUGCGUGGAUCGACCCAUCUGAAAGCGAUGACCUGCUAAGAAGAAUUGAUCAAACCAACGAAGAUAAAGACUUGAUCAGAGACCUAUUAAGAGACGGAACCAAAUUAGAAUUUGUAAAUAUCAAUGAUAUUAAUUAUAUCAUUGACAGAAAGUUUAAUCACGAAUACAUUGAGAUAAUCCCCUCUACUGAAUAAGCGAAGCUUACUUGAGGUGUUUAAGUAGAAAAGCGCUAAAUAGCUGCAAAAUACUAUAGUGACGAAGAAAAUCUUGUAGGCAGCCCUAAAGCUGCAAAAUCGCUCAAGCGGUAUUUUGCAACUAUCCGUUCCAUCCUUGUGAGAGGGCCAAACAAGCUUCCAGUGAUGGACUAGGGCAAGGCUGGAAUAAAGUGUCACAAUCACCAGAGUUUACCCGAAACCGGAAAAAACUCGAUCAGCACAAACCCAACGGAGGAGGGGAAACGGCUAGU